UAUGUGCGCCGAGUGACAUGUGGCCGGUGUCCAGGCCUGAGAGUGCAUCUGCUGUUGAGUACAUCCUGGAAGAGUUCAAGGGUCCAGCUGGUCUAGACAUCGAUGGCAUCCCCCUUGUUUAAGUCACCAGAAGCUGUCGAUGUGCAGUGGGCAACUGCCGGUAAACAUCUGAGUUGUAUGCAGGAUCCACCAAAUAUCCAGCUGUACGUGGCGACCAAGGUUGUUACUAUCAAUGGAGUACAGCUGAACAGGUACAGGUGUCGAAGAGGCAGCAACACCUUGGAAGGGCUCCAUGCCCACUUACUACAUGCCAUCCCUUCGAAGCGAUGUGGAAUAAUUCCUUUCCAGGUUUAUCUCAUCUCCUUUGCCAUGCAAUGGAAUAACCGCAUGGAAAAACUGAAGGUUGCUGGAGGGCGAGGACGACUGACUUCAUGUGUCGAUCCACGACAAAUUCAAACCAGCAUGCAGAGAUCUUGUUUGGGAAGGACCAUUUGUUUGAGCCCAAUUUUUCUGCACCAAUGGUCACCCCAGACUAUAACGACCCUGCAGAAGAAGAGCUUUUGGGAGUGGACUAUGCCUACUGCCAGUCCACUGACUUCUCAUCCAAGAAAUAUUACAUUCAAAAAGCACUGGUUUCCUGACUGUCAGACCCUAGGCACCUACCAAAUAGUGUAUAUCCCCACUUAG